UCCAUCUUCAAACGGGUCUAACCCUGCUAUGAAUUUAAUAAAUUUAAAAUACAUAUGUACUGUGGAAACAAAACUACAAUACAAAGAGAAGAUCAUGCUUAGUUUUGAAUACACUUCAUGUAUAUAAAAAGUAAAAAAGUAAGUCCCCUUUGUGCGGUCACGUGACCACUGAUUGUGGAUAAACACCGCGUGUUCAACAAACCUUAUACAGGAAUAUUUACACGGCAUCUUGUUAUUGGGAUCGUUUGCAAGACAAGAUAAACAGUUGUAUCUUCUGUCGCAAUUCAUCAGUUGGAAGGAAUUAUUUUAAAACAAUUAUUUUAAUAACAGUUUAUUUAAGACAGAUUUUAAAAGUGUAUUUAAUAAAAGUACUUUACAAAGGGAUCAAGGAAGUUAUUAAAUACACCGCAUUAGGAAUGCACACUCAGAUUUCCGGACGUGCACCGGGCACAAGAUCCAAUAAACAGACCAAGGGAUGGAUCCGUAUCACAGCAUGGGCCACACGAAUACUAGCUUUCCUAAGUAUCGUGUUUUGUAUCUUGGCCUUUGUGAUCAAUGAAACUGCAUUUGCAAUCUUCAUGAUUGUCACAGCAUUCCUUAGUGCUUUGAGCCCGUUAAACUUCAGCAGUUGCUGCUUUUUCGAUUGUUCAAGAAACACAAAGACUGAGAAAACAAUCGGAAAGCUAUGUAUCUGUAUGUGGAUAUUUAUAAGCAACAUGGGAUACGUCAUAAUGUUUGGGUACAGCUGGUACUUUUGGAAAUCAUCUAGAUAUAGCUUCAACUAUAGAGGUUCCAGAUAUGACAACUAUUAUUAUUACAGUUAUGCCUACUACUACCCGGAACACGACCAUGCCUUGCUGGACACAGUAUUUGCAAUGUCCCUGAUUAUCACCUUUUUCCUUUCGUUGGUCAACCUUUACUCGUUUUGCCUUGUCUACAAGUACGGUUGUUGCUUUAUGGCUGAAAUAGAUAGGGCUCACUCUCAGCAAGGGGUCGAAACGGCAGUCGUGAUGAAUCAACAGAUUUCUAGAAUGGAAGAAGGUCUUCCGGUUAUCGGUUUGUAGUUCCCCGAUGAUACAGGGGGUGCUCAAGAAACGGUUACCAGCCCUUUGGUGCAGUACCCUCAAUAUCAACCAUAUCAUGCUGAACCUUUAUGCAUAGCUGUACCUCCACAGCAAGCUGUUAGUGUAACAACUGACUGUACGACAAGUGGACAGCCUAAUAGUCCACCGCCUUACGCGAGAAUUGAUCCAAUUGGAAAUUCAUCCCAGAGAUCGAAAUAAACGCUUCUCAUUAUAAGUAUUUUUGUGUUGUAGAAAAAUAUUGAGCGCGCGUGCCCUUGGUGUCAAUGUCGGCGUGGUCGUUGUGCUUAAUUUUGACCUCGCCUUUAACUGAAAAAAAGUUUAAAACAACAGGCAAUCGUUGGCGUUGGCCUCAUGGCACUCUUGUUUCGUGAUGGUUGGUCAUUUAUUUGUUUAAAUACACGCUUUAUUCAUCAGUAUAUAUAAUUAGAGAAUACUAGGUUAGUGCUGUGGAUAGAGCGAGUUAUUCUGGCACGUCUGAGGAAUAUAUCCGGUGAGCCGAAUGCGAACCCGAUUAGUUCCGUAGCCUAGCUAAAUAAAAUUUCUCCAUCUACGGCACUAACCGAGUCUUCUAUGUAUCUUGUUACUUUGUUAAUUUAAGAAACGAUCAAUUAUCUUAAAGAUGCACGCUUUCUCCCAAAUAAAAUUUACCACAAACGAUGAAUACGUGUCGACACCAGUGGUUUUUAUGAAGGAUACCGAGUAGAACUUGAAGAAAUGUACAGAAAACAUGGUAUUUCUUCCUUAUGAGAAGAUAGAAGAUCACAGUAAAUAUUUUUGCACUCACCAAUUAUUUAAUAUUUUUGUGUUUGCAGCUAUUAACGGUUAAAAUCUUAUCAUACGUAUUGAAUAAUUCUCAAGCAUUGUACUUGAAAAGGUUAAAUAAACAUUAGUAUCUACAAUGAAAGAGUACAAACUUAUUUGUUGAACUCAUUGAGUAUCUUAGUUCUGUACAACACUUAUAUCAGUAGCAUAUAAGCUGACCUGCAGCGUAUUCAUAAAUAAAUACAUAACUAUAACACAAUGAAGUAAAAAAAGACAAACCCGAAACAGAUACACAAGUUCAAUAAACGUUUCCAUUACUUUUAUUAAGUGUGGCAAUUGUCGAAAGAUACGCUCAAUAUAAUUUUAAGCUACGACAUAAUAAAAUGGAAACAUAUAUCAAGAAAAGACUUGACCCGAAGCGAGCAAACCAAUUCUGUUUACUAGACCUUUUGAUGAACUUACGUUUGUUUUAAGUUGUGUUUAUAUUAAACUGUUGAAUUGUAUUUCAUUUAAUUGCAUGUGACUUGUACAGGUCAUUUGGCAACCCAUUUAUAAAUAGAAAUGCAAGGUUGCAUGUAUUAACUUCAGACAAGAU